ACGACGCACGACACCCGGCCGCGGCGAGACUCAGUCCGGCGACGCGCGGCGACCUGCAAUAUACCCACGGCGACCUUCACGAGCCCGACGGAAUUCUGAAUCAUGGUGCUGCUCCGAACUCCGUCGACUCACGGCAAAUACGAGACGUCCGACCAACGACACUCAGACCUCUGACAACAUGCUAACCACUCCGACAACAUAGAUCUACAUUAUUUCCCUUAAGAUUAGCAGUUGGCAUAUCCCAAAUGAAGUGAGUGAAUUGAGGCAGCAUAAUGAUGAAAAAACAAAGUAACAUUCAAUUCCUGUACCAAAUAGUAAUGCAUUAACUGAACAAGGAUCUGCCCCUAUCAGUAUAAGUAUCAGUACUCCUGUCGUUAACACGGGUGGUGGUGAAGCCAUGCCUCUUAGAACGAUAGGAAUAUCAGCAUCAUCAUCUGCCCUGGAUUUGAUCAAGAAAAAAUUACAAGAUUCUAGAACUCCUAUAGCUUCAUUGCCUGUUUCAGCACCAACAAUAGCCCAAUCAGAUGUAGAUCUGCCGAGAGAUGCUGACGCUGCAGUUAAGGGACUGCAGAGUGAGAACAGCAAGGAUAAGUCAAAAGAUGCUAGUGGUGAUGCAAAUGUAUUGGACACCUCCUCAGACUACGGAGAUGUAGAUUGUGGGCCAACUAAUGAGCAGUUAAUUAUCCAGUUUAAGGAGAUGCUUAAGGAGCAGGGAGUGGCACCAUUCUCUAAAUGGGACAAGGAACUGCCAAAGAUAGCAUUUGAUCCCCGUUUUAAGGCUAUUCCAAGUUAUUCAGCAAGGAGGUCCCUAUUUGAACACUAUGUUAAGACCUGUGCUGACGAGGAACCGGAGGAAAAAAGAGCUGCUCAAAAGGCUGCAGUAGAGGGAUUUAAGCAGUUACUGGAUAGCGCAUCUGAGGAUGGCGCGGGUGUAGAUCCCAAGUCGAAGAAUGGCAGUGAUGAGUCGGGGAAAGCAAACAAGGGCGAGGACAAGGGUGAGGGCGAGUGUAAUGAAGCAGCAGGAGCGGAAGCGGAAGAGGAAGACGAUGAGGAGGAUUUUAUAAUGAACGAAGUAAAGAGGAGAUUGAAGGAAUUGAGGAGGAACAAUUUCAUGGUAUUGAUUCCGGAGGAAGAUUCGUGCGCGGAGGAGGAAGAGGAAGAAGGGGAGACAAGUUGUGGUGAGCAGGAAUGGAGAGAUGUGGAAGCAGAAGGUCGACUGUGGUGGGGCGGGUUUGGUACUCUGUAUGACAAGUAUAGUGAGAGGAUGCUGUUUUAUGAUCGGAUGAGCAUGCAGCCGCUCAUCGAACUCGGCUCUGAAACACCCUCCCGCUCCCCAAGAUCAAGAUCUGCAUCCAAAAAGACUGCAUCUCCUCUCCGCUGUCUUUCUCUGAAGAGGAUCGAAGAACCUGAAGACGACACGGAGCAUCUCCACCCUCCCCUGCCCUUCACUGAUUCCAAUCACCAUAUUGAAACUGCGUAUGUUGCUCACAUUUGCUUGUCUUGGGAGGCCCUCCACUGCCAGUACACUCAACUCAACCACCUCAUUUCAUGCCAACCCCAACCCCCUUCUCAUUACAAUCUUACUGCUCAGCAGUUUCAGCAAUUUCAAGUCCUCUUGCAAAGGUUUAUUGAAGAUGAACCCUUCCAACAAGGUCCCAGGCCAGGAAUUUACGCCCGAACUCGUCGAUCUUUUCCUAAAUUGUUGCAGGUUCCUAACAUACAAGGUUCGGAUCCAAAGGGGGUGCAGGAAGAAGAGUCUGAUUUGGUUGUCCUUGCUCCUGAUCUCAUAUUGAUUAUUGAAGCUGCAAUCUUUACUUUCCACCGUUUCCUGAAGAUGGACAAAAAAAGUUCAAAUUCUGGUUUUGGAAACCACACCCAGGAUACCACUCUCCUCGCUCACAUUCGAUCUUCCCUUGACAAGAAGAAGACGAAGCUGAAAGAAGUAAGGAAGAAGAGUAGAAGGCGGAAGCAGAAAACGUGGCCUCAAACAUACGAAGACAUGCAGUUACUUUUGGGAGUGGUGGAUAUUAAAAUCAUAUCAAGACUGGUUAAAAUGUCGAGGAUUACCAAGGAACAGCUGGUAUGGUGCGAGGAGAAAAUGAACAAGUUAGAUCUGUCUAAUGGAAGAUUGCAGAGAGAUCCAUCUCCUCUUCUUUUCCCAUGUUGAUCAAUUACUUCUUAGUUUCUUUUGAGCAACUCAACUAGGAGGUAGUUUCGAGUGGGAGUGUUUUUUAUGUAACUGAAUCAUGGUUGGUUGCAGUUGCAAAAAGUAUGAUGAUGAGAUGGACUUUGGGCCCUGCUGCUGCUACUACUACUACUACAUUUGAUCUGAAUUUUUUGGUUUACCAACUCCUUGUAUUAAUAUCUCUUAUGUGGAAAGGAAAAAGGGAAAAAGCCUCUCUCAACUAUCCGAUCACACGACAAUGAAGCAUAUAUCCAUGUUCGUCUCUUAUGUUUAUAAAACAAAACACCCUUCAGUUGAAUA